AUGUAUAUAGUGGUGUGUGACUGCGCAGAGGCUGAAGUCACCCGUGCUGGUGGAGCAGUAGACGACGGUGUUGGCUCGAUUAACUACCACACAACCCACAGCUGUGCCAAUCCCACGCUCCUGCCAUCCACAGAUGCUGCAGUUGGGGAGGUCUGCACCAACUCUCAAGGAUAUCAGCUGUGCGUAGCGAAGGCUGUGGAGGCUGUGGAGGGAGGCUCAGCCAAUCUUACCUGCAGAUUCGCGUUCCCGGAAUCUAAGAAGCCGAGCAGCAUCAGUGUCAUAUGGAGAAUUGGAAACUUUCUCGGGCAUUCCAUCUUCGAGAAUACAGACAACCGGACCUUUGUCGACGAGCUCUUCGCGAACCGCCUGACCCUGAUGGGGAAUCCUGACAAAGGCGAGGCUUCGAUACAGAUUAGGGAAGUCAGGCGCAGCGACCAAAAUACGUACUACUGUCGAAUAAUGUUACACACGGAGUCACAGGAAAUGCCGUUUGAAAUCACAAAAGGGACCAAUCUAAUCAUACAAGAUGCUGGAAUUGGGGAGAUCUGCAGCAGCUUGAACAGCUACGAGGUAUGCGUAGAGAGGGCUGUGGAGGCUGUAGAGGGAGGCUCCACCACUCUUCCCUGCAGAUUCGCCUUCCCCGAAUCCGAGAAGCCGAGCAGCAUCAGUGUCAUAUGGAGAAUUGGAAAAUUUAUCAGGGAGUCUAUCUUCGAAAGGACGGACAACCAGACCCAUGUCCACGAGCUCUUCACGAACCGCCUGACCCUGGUGGGAAAUCCUGACAAACACGAGGCUUCGUUACAGAUCAAUGGCGUGAGGCACAGCGACCAGAAUACAUACUCCUGCCGAAUAAUAUUACACAUGGAGUCGCAGGAAAUUCCGUUUGAGAUCAUGGAAGGAACCGAUUUGGUGAUACAAGCUAUUUAG